AUGUUGACUUCUUGUGCCGACUUUUCUACUGUUGCACUGUAUUUUCCUCAUGGGUAUCUGUGUCAAGGUCGCUUCACCGCCUUGCCGUGGUUCACGGUGAAAUUGACGAGGAGAACAACCUAUUUUUCUUCGCCCUACAGGCAAGAUGCGUUCACGUACUUACGGAGGGCGCAAACGGAAGCACCUGGAGUUCGCAUAGAGGACGGGAGACCGUUUCCUCUUUUUGAAAGAGACGGGACCAACGUACGCGGCGCAGUGCUUGCUAGACCGAACGUCGGCGAGCAGCUCUCCAACCAGGCACAGGAGCUAGAGGAGGAGGAGGAGGAGGAGGAGGAGGAGGAGGAGGAGGAGGAGGAGGAGGAAGAAGACGAGGAAGAGGCCGGAUCAAGGGCGAUCGGGCUCAGCAACUUCAAGCGAAAAAGACAGAAACACCCCCAACUUGGAGGAGGCGCCGGUCCGGCGGUACCUACGGCUAGGCACGCAGGCCACCCGGACAACCAGGGCGGCUCCGCGGGCGGUGUUCACCCCGAGGCGACGAGACACCGGGGCGGUGGAGACGCUGCUGGCGCACUCUCGCUCCCAGACGCGACCGCCGCCCCUUCGGGGCUCGGCGACAACAUGGGUCGUCCCGUGCGCGAGGUGGACGGCAGAGACAUCCAGGCGAUCGCCGGCGCCUCUUCCCCAGCCAGCAACUCGGACCCGCUGAGGAACGCCCGCCUACUACCCCCUUCGCCGGCACCAUCACCGCCUCCCCCGGCACCGGCAGCCCUUCCCCCGGCACCGGCCGGCGAGCCCAACAUUUUGCAGCCCCCGGACCCAGCCCCGCAGCGGCAGGCGCCCUUCUCUCCUCCUGCCGCGCCGGAGGCCCGCUACUCUCUUUCCUGGGACGAUCUACUAGGCGCGGUGGACGACGACGACGAACCCCAUGCCCAGGCCGUGCCUUGGGCGGGUGUUAUCGGUGCCCCACUCAUGCCUGCGGGCCCUGCACCGUCACGGUUCGACUUGUCGGAGGUUGGACCCCUGAAUUUUGCAGAAUCACCGGUUGAAGGCUAUGGAGGUCACCAAGAAGGUGGGAAUGGAGGUGAAGAAGGAGUACCGGCUGAAGCCGCCGAGGGCGACAAUCAUGAGCAACAAGGCGGGAAUGACGGAGAGCUUCGGCGCAAGCUCUGGAUGGUUCGUGGGAAGAAGGAGAUCAAGCCCGCGAGCGUGAUAACAUAG